CGCGGAGAAAGCAGGCUCGUUCAGACACCAGCGCUGCACCCGCGCACCAUGAGAGCCGCCGCAUGGCUCCUCGUCCUCACCAGCGCGGCGCGCGCCACGCCAAAGCGACGACGGAUAGCGCGCGGCGGCGCCUUACCACCCGCUUGGCUACUAAAAGGCGGCGCCGAGGCGACCAAAGCACAAAACUUAAAAACAAAAGCCGACGCCGCACAGCGCGCCGACAAAUACAAAGACGCUGUAUCGCUCUACGAGAAAGCGCUCGAGGAUUCUUCCGGGGACGACUUGCUCGAGGCGUCCAUCAGGUUAAACCUGGCGCGCUGCCACCUGAAGCUCGAGCAGGACGUUGAAUGUAUUGAGGUCUGCGACGUUGUGGUGGACAAGGUCUCGAGUCGCUCGCCAUUAAGAGCGACGGCACUGUAUCGGCGCGCUUGUGCAAAACAGAGUAUAGGAGAACUUGGUGAGGCCUAUGUGGACGCGAAGACGGCCCAGUCCCUGGGUCACGAGCGAGCCUUCGAGAUCGUGGACGCUUGUGCGGAGCACGCCCCGCCGGAGCCGCCACAACAACUACUACCGCUAAGGACGAUGCAAUCGGCGGGUGGUGCAAAAAAAGCAUUGGAGGGUUUGUUGGAGGACCCGUCCCAAGCGCGAAAAUUAGUACCCUUGGCAAAAACGCUCGGCUCCGCGUCGACGCUCAAAAACGUCUUGAAUCUCCCGGCGGAGCGCGCGGAAAAACUCGCGGCCGCUUUACAGGACCUCGACGAGGACCGCGCGGAGAAGUGGGCGCGGCGCGCGAAACGAGCCGUCGGGGCCUACCGCGGCCUGCGCAAGUUCUCGAGGCUGUGGCGGCGGUACUUCCCGAAGACGGUCUACGCGGGCGUCCUUUAUCUGUUCGGGACGGACUCGCUGCGGCUGCUGCGGCAGAAGGACUAACAAUACACUAGUG